AAACCUCAUAUUCUUCACAUUUCUUCCACUAAUUCCCUCCAUCUACCCUUGCCGCCGAUCAGCUGUGCCCCUGCCUUCCCGCCGCCGUCGCCGCCGGAAAUGGGUGACAAGAAAAAGAAAGCUACUAUGUUCAUCCGACUUGUAUCAGCUGCUGGGACUGGAUUCUUCUAUGUUAAAAGAAAGCCAACCAAAAUUACAGAGAAGCUCGAGUUCCGAAAAUACGAUCCUCGGGUCAAUCGACAUGUUUUGUUUACGGAAGCGAAAAUGAAAUGAAAGAAGAGAGGAAUAAAAAUCAGUUAUCCUCUCAACCUGGACCUAUUCUUCUUUUGGUCCAUAGGUUUUGAAGCUUUGCAAUUAGUCUUCUGCUGCUUCUCCAUUUUAGACUGAUGUUUCAUAUUUGCUAGUCUUUUCCCUUGGCUCAUCUUCAGCAGUAUGUUUGUACAUCAAAUUCUAUGGCCAGGAAUUGUUUGCCGCUUGAUCUCUUGCGGUCAAAUGUGUUGAGAUAAAUUAUAAGAUAUAGUUUUGAGUUAUUAAGCUUGUUGAUUCAUGAUUGCAUCUUAGCAUUGCAAGCAUGUUUGGUGGCUCUUAAUGGAAUUGGAUCUAAUGUAAUCUAAUCCAAAAUUCAUUUUUCGAUUGGUGUUUUGAAUACAAAACUUAUUCCACA